AUGUUCCGCUCCGCCAUUGUUCGUUCCUUGAAGGCUUCGGCCCCCCGUGUCAUCAAGACCCCGGCUCCCUUCCACAUCCGCAGCUCCCCCAUUGCUGCCCAGGUCCCUCAAUUCACUCCCUGCUUCGCUCAGAGUGUCCGCCUCUAUUCCGCCCCUGCUGGUCUGAGCAAGACUGAGGCCGAGGGUCGGAUAGUCAACCUGCUCAAGAACUUCGACAAGGUCUCCGAUGCCAGCAAGAUUAACGGCGCUUCCCACUUCUCGAACGACCUUGGCCUAGACAGCCUGGACACCGUCGAGGUUGUGAUGGCUAUUGAGGAGGAGUUCAGCAUUGAGAUCCCCGACAAGGAGGCCGACCAGAUCCACAGCGUUGAGAAGGCUGUCGAGUACAUCCUGGCCCAGCCCGAUGCCCACUAA